AUGCCCGUCUACCUUCUACACGGCUUCCGUUGGCCCCGACCACUCAUUCGCAUUCACAUCAUCCUCCAGAACCUCGACGAUGCCGCCGCAGAAUGGCUUGUCGCCCCGGGCACGACCAAGACCAUGCUCGAGAACUUUGACCAACUUUACCCGGACAACAUGAAGCACCUGGACAAGUUGAGGUUCGUAGAGCAGUACGAUCCAAAUGAUAUCUCUCCCGACGCAGCAAGCCAGCCUUACGCGUACGUGGGUGACAUUGUCGAAGAGGUGAAGUUGGGCAUGGAUGUGGACGAGGUCAGAGGCCGAGGAGUGGGCAACGACCAGUGGGCUGCCAUGAUGGAGCUGCGAGACAAGCUUGCACCCGAGGAGAAGGUGGGUUGGUAUGUCGUGGUAUGCGGCGAUGAAGAGAGGUGGGCUCCGCCUACCAUGGAAGUGCUUCGCGAGGGAGCGCACAAUGGUUUGCAAAGAGGAACCGACACAGAUAGUCUCCCCUCUACCGCUCACCCACAGAGCACCGAAGUGAGUGUUCAAGGAUGUACAGCAUGGUUACGGCGCUAAAGGGUAUCGCAGCGCAAGCCAUCAUCAGAGAAGGGAAUAGAACGCUUGAAGAAGCUUCUUGGCUCAGCGAGGUUUGGCCGGCGUAAUAAGAGGUAAGCCUACAGCCAAGUAUCGGUUCUGGGCCGUGUCACUGACUCUGUUGCAGUCGUGUGGGUGAAGACUCGUCCCCGGACAGCCACUCUCCUCGGACUCCUCCCGAUGCACCUUCACUUUGCAAGACAGCAAUCGACUCUAAGCCUCCUCAACUACCAGCAAUGAGUACGACGUGACAAUCACAGCAGCCGGGAGGCAUGUCAAACGGCGACGGUGUCGCUAACGGGCACAUAGUUGCUAUGGCUUCGACCGUGUCGAACACGCCUGAACUGUCCACAACUCCACCUACACGGGAAGGACCCAAUAGCGUUGCGCGAUCAGUCUCGCCGGUCCGAGAGCCAUCCAGGAACACGCCAGAUACCGAAAUCUCCGGCUCACCACCACGACGUAAUUCAACCUCCGCUACUCCAACCUCACCCCGAGGCGUCAGUCCCGUGGAGGUCUCUCAAGCCUUGAGCCCGUCGAACCGCGUGAGAGAUUCCAGUCCGGCAACCACCCGCAACAGCCCAAGCUAUGAUCAAGUCAGGGCACCAGUGAAGCAGCAGCCGCGAUCGAGCCUGUCGGGUGAGACACUCCAACAGGUACCGAAUCAAACUCCCAGAUGCCAAAAGCGACGCUCUUUGCCUACCCACCUCAACACAUACGCAACGCCAACAGCCGCACCGGAGCCAAACAAAGGACCGCAACUAUACGAGGAAGUCAUCACUCUUACACCUUCACAUGCUGUGCCAGUUCAAACUUAUCGCCGACCCCGAUCAGCAGUGGUUGCUCCCUCAAGCAAUGCUAUCCGUCAUCAGGGAAUGUCUGCACUGGACGCCGUGACCGAAGACUCCAAUCCGGCUGUAUACAUGCCUACGAAUGGCAACGGCACCACGCAUGACCCACUACGAGACCGCAGCGAACAGCGGCCCAAAUCGGCGUACUUUGGGCAAAAGAUCAACCGUUUUGACGUGAUUGCCAACAAUAUCGAGAAUGCUUUUGUGGCGAUGCGAUGA